AUAAUUGAACUGUGUGUGUGCUCUGAAUGUUGUUUCCUUCUUAAAGAAAAAUAAAUAAAUAAUACAAGAAAAUUAAAUGUUCACAAAGUGUAUAAUUCAAAAAAAUUAAAAAACAAUCCUGGACAGCAAACAAAGAAGCGCAAUGCUGCGGGUAAAAUACAAGGAUUUGUUGGAGCCUUACGACCCGGAACGCAGUUCUGAUUACCCAAUUCUUUCGCCCACAACUUACGCCCGGCGUGAUAAGUGGAUGAGAAAUCAGGCAGCGCACAAUCUGCGACAGUUGAAACAGGAAUUGGCCAAUGAGAAAUUUAUGUCGGCAGCUAUCGAACUGGAUUCGCCGGAGCCACCGAAGUGGAGUGGACGAUACAAGAGUCAGUCACCCAUUCCAUUUAUGCCUGAGCAGGAGUAUCCACCAGAAUCUCCAAUCAGGAAUCCGAAUCCAUCACAACCAACACGUCCAAACCCACCAUUUGCGAUGGCCCAGGAUCAGAAACCACCAACUACACCAUGGAAAGGAGCCUUAACACCAAUCUCACCAAAGAAAUCAGUUGUGCCCGGUCUAUUGCAGCCACCAGCAUCUCUAAUCAUGCCGUGGCUGUUGCAGCUACCUGUACCACUGACCAUACCAACUCUUCCGAGAUCUAAAUACGUGCCAAGGCUGUUGAAGAAAACAUCUAUGCCAGCUUUUCUGAGAUGUACAUUUACGUCAAGGCAAUUGGAGGCACCAGCUUCUCCAAUCAUACCAACUUAUCCCAGAGCGCGAUUUAAGCAAAGGCUUUUAGAGACACCAGUUUCUCCAAUCACUCCAGCCCAUCUGGCAACGUCAGUUGGGAUGUCGCUGAAGCAGCGACUAAUGUUAGUGGAGUCACCACCUUUUGUGAUGCAUCAGCAACCGCAGCCAGCACAUAGAAAACGGAAAGAAGCCGUGGAUGAGAUGGAAUCAACUUCAGGCUGGGGAGACCAGUGUACUAAAAUGAUAUCGAAGCAUACUGUUCCGAAGAGACCAUUUGCGCCACAGCGUAAGACAUUGAAGACAGUUGAAAAUUAUCCAGCUCAAAUGUGAAUUCUUAUCAAUAUAAAGAAUUUAUAUAAAUUUUAUUAUGGCUGCGAAUAGUUCUA